AUGAUUUCGCGACAAGCAUAUGCUCCAACCCCUCAUAGUUAUGUGCCAAAUUCAAACCUAUCAGCCACCAUUGACUUGGACGAGGAAGUCAAGCUGGCAGAGACCCGAGCCGAACGGGAUCUGCAAGACUCACUAGCUGAGAUAUUCUCCAUUAUCAUCACACUCGAUGAGCUCGAGAAGGCAUUUCUUAAAGAUGCAAUUCCCGAGGCCGACUACACAGAAAUAUGCGAGCGCUCGCUUAAGCAGUACAAGUCCAUACUCGCAGAUGAGACCGUAGCCAAGCGCUUCGUCGGCCUAGAGGAGUUCAAGGCCGAGUGGGACUUGGAAGUGCCAAGGGCAACAGAACGUCUGAAGGUUGGUAUGCCGGCGACCGCCGUGGACGCUUCAGCCGGUGCUGCUCCGGCGCCCGCUGCCAGUACCAGCAACAAAUCUGGCGCUCUCAUCCUUGAGGCUACGCAGGAGUUCAUUACAUUCCUAGACGCCCUACGGUUAGGCCUGCUUGCCAAGGAUCAACUUCACCCUCUCUUAACCGACGUUAUCCAAAGCGUCAAUAAAGUUACGGAUCGAGAUUUUGAAAAUCGGGGCAAGAUUAUCCAAUGGCUGAUCACGUUGAACCAAAUGAAAGCUACAGAAGAGCUGAGCGAAGAGCAAUCUCGAGAGUUGGAGUCGGAUAUCAACUCUGCAUACAUGGGAUUCAAGAAUGUCCUUACUUGA